AUGGCCAUCUCGUUCGCCUACUUCUUCUUCCGCAUGGUCGACAAGAACGCGGCCAAGAAGGAGGAGGGCGAGGAGAAGCCGACCACCUCGGAGACCGCCCAAUCCGUCGCCUCCGAUGCCAAGGCGUACGGGCAGGAGUUGGUGGAAAAGACGAAAUCUGCAGCUGAUGAAGCGUAUUUGAAGGCUCAGGAAAAAGCGGAAGCGAUCGGUGGUCAGCUGCAGCAGGUCGCAGAAGAAGCCAAGAAAGUUCCGGAGCAGCUUCAGAAGCAGUUUGAACAGGCUCAACACGCCCCCGCCCACAGCCGCCUCGACGAGGCCGACGCGUUCGUCGAGAAGUUCGGCGCCCAGCUGGCCGCCUUGCCAAAGCAGCUUCAGGAGAUGAGACAAGAUGGAGUUCAGACACAAGCUAGCCCAGAAGAUCAAGCGGCUCUCCGAGCCUGGCAAGCCGAACUCGCCCAAGUUGAGGCCGACAGGCUGGCGAGGCUGGAGGAUCGGGAGACUGGAGGAGAAACCUCUUCCGGCUUGUCAACAGAUGAAUCUCGCGCAAUCGACAAAUUGGCGCCGGCCGAUCACAUCAGCAUGCACACGUCGAGUGACAGCGGACCGGAAAAUCGUCGAUUCUUGGAGCAGAAGAUCAUGAGCGAGAUCAAGAACCUUUCCGGGGAAAGCCCGAUGUGGGAUCAUCACAGCAUCCAGCCGUCCGACGUCGAAUCUGAAUUCUCGAUGGAUAUGAGAGGACAUGGCAUCGACGGCUCCUCCCCCACCCACGACGUUCAAUUCCAACCCGGCUCUAUCGUUGGGCCACGCGCCAGCUCGGAUUCCGACGACUUCGUCAAGAUUUCUGUCGACCAGUUGCGGAACACGCCGCCUGAGGAGAAGAAGCCGAUCACGCCGGAAGAAGCUGCGCAACUUCAGGCCCUUAUCCAAGAAUACGAUCUGGGAACCGACGCCACCCCUCUAGCCACCCCGCAGCUGAAUCAGAGGCCGGCUUUCGCCACUUCCGGCCAAGUUCAGCAAGCCAACUUGCCGUCUGCAGCUUCCGAAGAUAUCCCUAUUCAAUUUGAGCAGCAACAUGCUGGUUUUGGGCCGCAGCCGCAGCACGUUCAGCAAGCACAGCAAGCCCAGCAAGCUCAACAGCGGGAUCAGCAAUUCCAGCACGGACCACAAGCUAAGCAAGGCCAUCAAGCCCAACAAGCCCAACCCUGGCUCCCCCCAUUCGAUGCCCCGACGUCGAAGGAGGAGCAAGAGAUUUUGGUGCAGACCCAUCAACAGCAGUACGGUCAGCAGCCGGCGCCAAUCGAGUCGGAGCAUAUCCGAGUUCAGCUGAAUCCACCACAGCAGCAACAACAACAGCAAGGAGGUCAGCAAGGAAGCCGGCAACUCGUCGAUGAAGACCCAAGACGACUAGCAGAAGCCGAGAUGUUCGUCGACGAUGCGAUAGAAUAUUUGGCAAAUCAGAAGAACCAACAACAAGCCCAACAAAAACAAAGAAAUCAAUCGCCAAACAACGCAAGUGGAUUCGUGAUGGAAGAAGAUAUGCUGAGCAGCCAGGGAGACAAUAGGCAACGGCAGCAGCCCUUCAUCCGCGUCCCAUCCGCUGCCGAGGCUACGAGCGCUAUGAUAAAGACAAAUGAUGUUUUCGACAAAAUGGAGCACGAUGAUCAUGAUGACAUGACUUACGCGCCAGAGAUCCAGUCAGUCGAGAUACCGCCCGAUCAGAUGAGCGAGUCGAGUGAGAACUUCCAAGACAUCUUCGACAAGAUUGCAGCGGAAUCUCAGCAGCUAGCGCACUUCGAUCCAAUGAGGCCGCAAUCUUCUCAAGAAGCCGUAAAGGCCCAGCGCAAGCCAUCGCCACGCCGUGACGACUCGCCACCCCUUGAAGGCGAACCCCCGAGGCUGCGGAAGCAAUCGUCCCUUCUCUCGAUCAUGGGAGUUACUUCCUUGCAAGAGCUUCUCCUCUCGGUCACGUCGCUUGAGGCCCUGUCGAACGCGAUGGCCAAGGCGGGGUUGGAGUCGACGAAUUUGGUGUUCGGAAUCGACUACACCGCCUCCAACAAGUACCAAGGCGAAGACUCUUUCGGCGGUCGAUCCCUCCACACCAUUCAUCCUAACGUCAAGAACCCCUAUCAGCAGGUAAUCAGCAUCCUCGGGCGAACACUUGCCCCAUUCGCCUCGACCAACGCCAUUCCCGUUUACGGUUUCGGCGACGCCAAGACGAGCGACUGGAGUGUGUUCCCGCUCCGAGCCGACGGCGAGUGCAAGGGGCUCGAAGAGGUUCUAAAGGCCUACAAUGACAUCACGCCCACCGUGGACCUGUCCGGCCCGACAAACUUCGCCCCGCUCAUCUACCAGGCGAUAGAAGUUUGUCAGCGGAUUCAGGAUUACCACAUCUUGGUAAUCAUUGCUGACGGCCAGGUGACUAAUGAAAAGGCCACGCGGCGGGCCAUAGUACAGGCUUGCCAGUACCCGCUCUCCAUCAUCGUCGUCGGGGUCGGUGACGGACCCUGGGAUAUGAUGCGGGUUUUCGACGAAUCCCUACCAAAACGCGCCUGGGACAAUUUCCACUUUGUCGAGUUCCACGAGAUUAUGAAGUGCGCUGGCGGCGAUGAGGCCGACGUGAAGAUGGCCGUCCACUCAUUGCUAGAAAUCCCCGAUCAAUACAGAUGCAUCUGCAAGCUGGGCCUUGUCAAGAGCCGGACACCGCAGGGCUCUCAGAACCUU